UCUGAAUGCAUGCAUGGGGAAUUGCAAUACCAUCUGGUCCUCAUUUAUACUGUCUGUUUCUCUCUCUCUCCUUCCCCGGCUGCUCGCCUGGAAAAGAGGCUAGGAUAUCUUGCCACAUCCGUCCCGCUUUCGACUUUUCAGUGUUUGUGGGGGAAAUUUUGAUUUGUUUACCUAAAGGAGAAUAUCACAAGAAGGAGGCCGGACAGCAGAUUGUUCUUUAUUGAGGGAGGAAAAUUGACACCGACGGUACUGAGCUGGAGUCUGGAAGUGACGAGAUCAUUUGCUAAACGACAGGGAAAGAAUGCCGUUAAUUAGAAAAAUUAAUCAGGGCUUGCUGUUCCUAGUUAUUCUGACAUUUUGCCUGGUCCUUUACAACAAAUUUCACAAAAUGUCACCGUACAAAGGGGAAGCAGCUGAAGAACUUGAAUCUCCAACUGUUCACAAUGCAGGCCACACUGUGAAACAGAGCAAUGUUCCUCCUUCUGAUGAUUCUGCUCCCGACGAUGUGAUACCAAUUAUAAUCUGUGCUGCAGAAGACCGAUUGGGUGGAACAAUUGCAACAAUCAACAGUAUCUAUAGCAACACUAAUGCCAAUAUCAUUUUCUACAUAAUUACACUGAGAGACUCCCUCGUUCAUAUUAGCAAAUGGAUCGAAAAUACAAAGCUGAAAGGCAUCCACUACAAAAUGAUGGAAUUCAAUGCUGCAAUACUGCAGGGGAAAGUGAGACCAGACUCAGCAAGACCCGAGUUACUGAAACCUCUCAACUUUGUCCGAUACUUCAUUCCAUAUCUUAUUCGUGAUCAUGAAAAGGUGAUAUACCUGGACGAUGAUGUUAUUAUACAAGGUGAUAUCCAGGACUUGUACGACACUGUGCUGAAGCCUGGCCAUGCUGCUGCCUUCUCAACAGACUGUGAUCUGACCUCAACUCAUGAGAUGGUCAGGACUAUGGGAAUGCAGACCACAUUUAUGGGACAUUUGGAUUACCGGAAGCCAACUGUUAGAGGUCUAGGGAUAAAUCCCACGACGUGUUCCUUUAAUGUUGGUGUGUUUGUUGCAAAUGUUACAGAAUGGAAACGACAACGGAUUACUAAGCAGUUGGAAAAAUGGCUAGUCGCCAAUGUAGAAGAGAAUCUGUACAGCAGUGCACUAGCCGAAGGAGUAGUGACCCCUCCUAUGUUAAUAGUAUUUCACAACAAACACUCCUUAUUGAACCCUUUAUGGCAUAUUCGACACCUCGGCUGGAGUCCUGAUGCCAGAUAUUCAGAACACUUCCUUUCUGAAGCUAAACUACUACAUUGGAAUGGAAGGUAUAAACCCUGGGAUUAUCCCGUGGCUCACGUGGAAUUUUGGGAAAGGUGGUAUCUUCCUGAUCCAACAGGACAUUUUAGAUUGGUACGACCUAACAAUCAGGAGCACUAUCACGUAUAGAAUUUUCAUCUCAUUCCUUUGUCCAAUUAAGUAUGCAUUUAAAAACAUGCUGUGGUUUAAGCUAUUCAGUCUCCAAACGUCUGACAUGUUUCUGUGAAUUAAAUGAUAGCAGAACUUACUGCAACAGAAUUGAGAUAUCAGAUUAAACCUAUAAUAAUUCAGUGUUAUUUAGCAAAAAUGUUCUCACAUCAGAAAAUGUAGUUUUUGCACAAUAAUGGUACUUUCACAGAAGGAGGUGCGUUAUUUUGAUCUCAUACAAGCCAGUUUGCCAAAUUGAACUCUUAGCUGAAGAAACAUUUUAUAUGCCCUUAACAUUUUUGAAUGACUGCAAAGACAGCUUCAUAUUUGCUUUUCUAUUCCUUAGGUAAGGUUAGUGACGUACAAUAUGAAAUGUGAACUAUGGUCAGGCCUUGCCUCAUUUUCACUAAGAUUUUUUUAUAAUUUAGAAAUGUAACCUUUAUAAUAGCAUACAUCCAGAACAAAGAGCAAUAACCUUCUUGUUACAGCAGGAACUUGCAGAGAUGAUGUCAGGAAGCAUUUUUCAUUUAAAGAGUAGUGGAAAUCUGGAACUCUGUUCUCCAGAAGUUUGCGGAGAGGUCUGGGAAUUGAUUGAAAGUUUCAAAGUUGAGUAUUGAUAAAUUUUUGUAGUUAUUAAAGAUUAUCAAAAGAAAAGGUAGACAAUUGGAGUUGAAAGGCAGCUCAGCCUAACCGAAUGACAGAACAGACUUGAAAAGCCAAAUGGUCGCCUCCUCUUCCUAACAGUGUGGUAGUGCAGUGGUUAUGGCAUCGGAUUUGCAAAAGUGGGAAUGCAGUGUUCUGAAAUUAACUACAGCAUCUUGUGGAACAGAAUUUUAAAACACAAUAAUUUGUGAAGAAAUGACCAUUAAAGCUGUUCCCUACUUCUGUCACGAAAAAGGUAACUAGUUUAAAAAAGCAUUUCAGGGAAGAGAAGUUAGCCAAGCAGAAUUCAAGACAUCUACCAAUGAGCAAAUAUAAGCCAUCAGCCUUGUUCUCAGUAUAGCAGCAUCACAAGCACAUUUACAAACAAACUAGUAGUUUAAGGUCAGGAUAGAUCUUCUACUCCAGAACAAGUUUAAGAACCUGUUUUGAAAGUACUAUUACAAAAAUAGCAGUUUUUCUCCCUGGGCCCCACAUCUCAGGAAGGAUGUACUGGCCCUGGAGCAGUUUCAGAGGAGGUUCAUGAGAAUGGUCCCAGGAAUGAAAAGCUUAACAUAUGAGGAACGUUUGAGGACUCUGGGACUAUACUCAUUGCAGUUUAGAAGGAUGAGGGGGGAUCUAAUUGAAACUUACAGAAUAUUGAAUGGCCUGGAGAGAAUGGAUGUUGGGGAAGAUGCUUCCGUUCAUAGGAGAGACUAGGACCCAAGGGCACAGCCUUAGAGUAAAGGGAAGACCUUUUAGAACGGAGACAAGAAGAAAUUUCUUCAGCCAGAGAGUGGUGAAUCUA